AUCUCGACGGUAAAAAUAGCAUCCUUGCGGGUGAUGGUAAUGGCAUCGGUGAGGUUGCCAGUACGACCGCCGACCUUGACACGGGAGCGCAGAUAGUUAUCAUAGAUAUCAGCAUCUAUAAUCAUAUCCUCAACUGGUCUGGACAGAUCAAUAGUCAGCUUGACAGCGUCCUUGUUGGAUUUCUGCUCAAUUAAAAAUAUAAAUUAGCCUCAACAUACCACAGACCAACAGCAAAAACGAAUUGAGCAAACUUCUGAGGCUACUCGGUUUGUCUAGUGCUUUUGCAGAUCAAUGGAGUGUAGACAAAAAAGCCAGGAAUGUGUAUAGCAAUAUGCAAGAAAUACACUUGGAUAGCAGCACUGUUUGAUCCAAACUCUUACAAACGGCUGAAAUCGCAGGGUAACAGCACUACAACCAAUACAUCCCAAACUAUCCACAGCACACAUUCAAUCGCAAAGCAACAACCAAGAUAACCACCAGUAGGGUCUACGCAAAUCAUCUCAUUGCUGUAAUCAUAUCAGUUUGAUAGUAACAAGUUGAUAAAAGAGUAGUCAUUGCCAGUUGGAUGAGCCAAAUCUACAACUCACGAAUGGUUCAGGUUUAACCCAUAAAACACACUCGAGCCCACCAAGCAGCAAUGUUCCAGCUCUCAUAUCAAAAGUGUACACACAAUACAUUGAUAACAGACAAUGUCAUUAAAGAGAUUCAAAAACUCAAUGCUCUUGAACUAGAACGAGGACUGACUGAUAAAGGCUCUUGGCACAACCAAUACAAGGACUCGGCAUAUAUCUACAUUGGUGGCUUGCCCUAUCAUUUGACAGAAGGAGAUGUAAUAUGUGUAUUUUCUCAGUUUGGCGAAGUAGUGGAUCUGGAUAUGGUGCGUGAUAAAGAAACCGGGAAGAGUAAGGGCUUUGCAUUUUUAGCCUAUGAAGAUCAACGAAGUACGGUUCUUGCUGUAGACAAUCUAAAUGGCAUACAGAUUUCUGGCAGAGUCAUCCGUGUCGAUCAUACAGCCAAGUAUAGAGGACCUAGGCGUGAUGAUGGCUUUGAUGAACAAGCAGAGUAUGAGCGCAAGCAGGCAGUUUUUAGUACCGUAUAG